GCGAUCUCACCCACAGGCCUAAGUCGCGUAGCGCUCCUCGCCCAGCUGCCCGCGUUGAGGGUUCGGUCUCCUCCUGCACAUACGCUCUCCGCUACCGAUCCUAUGAAUCCGCCAUAGCCGGCUCGAAGACGCGUCCAGAUACUCCUCAGCUAUGUAUCUGCCACGCGAUCUCAUAUCAAAACUCUACCUUCACCUCCAGAAUACCCGGCACCCCCUCUCCCCUCCGGUUCUAAUUCUUGUCGCACUCGAACCCGAUGCCCUGUGUGCCUGCCGCAUCCUGACCAGGCUUCUCAAACAUGAUUACAUCCCGCACAAGAUACAGCCGGUUUCCGGCUAUGGAGACCUCGAGCGGGCCGGCCGGGACCUCGUUAGCCCCAUGAUGGAGACGCGAGGCGGGAGCGGGGGGGUUGUCGUGUGUCUUGGCGUUGGCGGCAUGGUUGAUAUGGGCACAAUCCUCGGUCUGGAGGUAGAGGGUGAGGAGUUGGGCUUCCAUGGUGUUGAGGUAUGGGUCAUCGACUCGCACCGGCCGUGGAACCUGGGCAACGUAUUCGGCGGGUACCCCCUAGAACCUGCCUCGGAACUGAGCGCAAGCUAUCGGGCACGCGCCCCCGGAGGUGUGCUUGCCGGCCGGAUCAACCGCUCAUACAAGCCUGGCAAAGGCGGAAUUGUGGUUUUUGACGAUGGCGAUAUCGCAGAAGGGUUAGAUGCUGAGCGGGAGGCGUACCUAGCGCUGGUUGACAUGCCCGAGAUUGAGGACGACGAUGAGCCCGGCGGGGAUAGCGAUUCCGAGAGCGAAAGCGGGGUUGAGGUAGAACUGCCACGUUCUGGCCAGAAAAGGAAAUCCUGGUCGGAUCGGGAUGACAGUAGCGGGGAGGAUGACGAUCGACCGCGGCAGAGAAGGAGGAGCAACUCUUCAACUCCUAUCCCCGAAUCGCCGCGUCGCCCGGCCCCGCGGGGACUCAUAUCCAUACGGGACUCCGACGUGGCCAGAUCCGAUGAUGCAGAAAACCCCCCAUCUGCCGCGCAGCCUCCACGCGGCCCUUCCGCCCGUACGCUCCGGAAAAGGUUGCUGAGAAUGCGCAACGAGAACGAAGACGUGCUACGCAAAUAUUAUCGAAUGGGUUCUUCAUACUCAGAGCCGAUCAGUGCGAUGAUCUAUUCUCUAGCGUCAGAGCUGGGUCGGGAGGAUAAUGAUCUCCUUUGGCUAACAAUCGUUGGCGUCACAUCCAUGGAGCUGUACGGGCGAACCUCAGCUGGUGUAGCUGUUACAGUCCGAGGAUCAGAGACCAAGCCGACGAACGGUUGGAUGGGCAUUCGUGGUGCUCGAAUCCGGCAGCUUCUAAGGGACGAAGUGCGACGUCUCAACCCCCCAGAUGUUGGCUCAAGGGAAGGGAGAGUCACAAGUACAGAUGGUGCUUGGAUCAUCCCAACCACCGCCCGCAGCCCGGAGGAUACAAGCAUUCGAUUAUCCCCAGAGCCAAAAUUCCUGCUGAUCAGGCACUGGAGCCUCUACGACAGCAUGCUACACUCGCCAUACUUAUUUUCCCGGCUACGUAUUUGGAGCGAAAGCGGACUUAAACGCUUACAUAAACUUCUCGCCAAGAUGGGCGUGAGUUUAGUCCAGUGCAAGCAAAGUUAUACCCACAUGGAUAUGAUGCUGAAGAAAGAGCUGCGUACGAAGCUCUUGAAGUAUGCGUCCCUAUAUAACCUCGAUGACAUGGUGCCCGCGGUAGAAACAGAUAGCAAGGACCGAGCUGGAGCAAAAGAUGGAUGGGGAUUCGUGCGAAGCUGGGGCUGGCGAGCGACCCUUAGCGCGCAAGAUGUAGGAGUGAUCAUCGGCGCUUUGCUGGAAGUCGGUAAACAUAAUGCCCUAAUUGACGAUGAUAGCCGCGUCCGGGCGAGUCAGGUUCAGGACAUCGAAGACGACGGUGGGGCAGCUGAAUCCCAAGAAUGGGUUGGUAGAUUCUGGGAGGCGUAUGAUGCGCUCGAAAACAUCGACGCUCUGAAAGCCGGUCUACCCACGGCACAGUAUCUCCACCGCGCCAUUUUCCGGACCGGCACCUCGCUCAUCGGGAAGCGGCAAAUCAAGCAUCUGCACGCGUUCCGCCUCUGUAUUAUCAAGGACGGGCCUGACGUGCCGCUAUUUACUCACCCCGCCGCGCUUACGAAGCUCGCGCUCUGGGUCGGCGAAGCGCUCGCCGAGCAAGAGAAAGAUACUAACGGCAAGCUGUCUCACGGCGGGCGCGGGACUCCGCUCGUAGUGGCCAGCCUGAACGAGAAGCGAGGCGUGUACGUCGUCGUCGGCACCGGCGGCGGCGGCGGGCCGGACCUCGCUUUCCUGGACCGGGAGGCGACAAAGGCAAAGCAGGCCGCCAAGGAGGCCAAGGCCAAGGAGCGCGAGCUACGGAGGAAGAAUAGGGAGAAGGUGAGGGAGGAGAAGCGCGCGGCGAGAGCCGCGGCGGGCGACGACGACGGAGAGGACGGAGAGACCGAGUCGGAGGAGAGCGACGCCUCGGAGUCGGAGUCGGAGUCGGAAGACGAGGACCAGGAACUGCGCAGAGGCCGCGGCUACGGCUUGAACAAAUUCGGCAGCGCGUUCCAGGACGUGGUCGGGGAGACGAACGCCCGCGUGCGAAUCGACAGCUUCGAGCACUGCGUCGUCGAGGUCCGGAAGGACGACCUCGGCGGAUUCCUCGAGAGCCUCAGCCAGAAGACCGUCAUCGGUUAACGCACCGAGGCGACCGAUCCUCCUGCCCCCCUUUUUCAUAUCCUGUCGGGGUGCUAUAUAUAAUACGAUGGCAAGACUCGGCGCUCGGGAUAGCCAACUAAUAAUUCACAC